AUGGCCACUCUUACUGUCCCCCCAGUCACCACGAACACGCGCGGUUUCCGCCGUCCAAACCCUCCCACCUUCACCGACGAUGCCAUCAAGGCGCGGUACCAGAAGGGUUCUCUCGCGCUCGCUGCACGUAUCAUGGACAUGAACGGUUGGGGAGUUGGCUGCUCGAUUGGUCUGUCUGCGCGGGACGCUGUCAACCCCAACGUCGUGUGGGUCCUGCCCCGUGGCAAGCCGCUCGUCACGAUCGUGAGCCAGGACCUGAUCGGUGUCGACCUGGCCACGGGCGAUAUUGUGGACGCUGGAGCUUCUGGCAAGAAGGAUUACGACGCGCUGUACGUGGCCGUCCACUUGGCAAUCUACAACGGGCGACCCGACGUGAACGGUAUCGUCUCGGGCCACACUCCCUACGGCCGUGUCUUUAGCACGCGCGGCGAACCGCCCAAGAUUCUGUGGCAGGACUCGUGUACUUUUUACAAAAAGGUCAAUGUCCUGCCAUUCAAUGUUGGUCUCGAGGCAGCCAAGAACCCCCAGGCAGUGGUGGACGCACUCAAGGACGGCAAGGGACUGGUGAUGCAGAACCGCGGUCUCCUCACAUGCCAGGGGACCAUUGAGGGUGCGCUUGCCAUCUACCUUCGUCUCGAAAACUUGACGGGUGGCCAGACAAUCGUCGAGGCGGCGGUCAAGGGCCGCGGCGGCGAGCUCACAUAUGUUGGCGACGAGGAGGCUCAAUUUACCCAGCGCGCUGUCGGGUCUGAGCACCAUGCGUGGGCGAUGGGUCUGCCGAGUUACUGGAGGAUCACCAAGCGUCUGGGUCUGGACUCGUACACCAUCUAA